CAAUUGUCGCAGUGCAGUCAGCACUUCCCGGCGAUCGAGUUUGGCUGAAAAAGCUAUCCUUCUAGGUAGCCGCAUGAAUAUGGCUGUUACUCGUGUGGAGCAGUUUCUCAGAUCUCCAUCUUGGCAGCACAUCACCAUGUAACUUGCCCAGACGCAUCCAUGUAGUUACCACGAUAUGAAUGUCACAUCUUCAUUUCUGCUGCGCUCUACUCAAAUUUCAUCUCGCUCAUUGCCAAUUCCCUCUAAAGCACACGCUCGUUGGAAUCCUGCACCAGACAUGUAGCGAUGUAACGCAGUCGUCAAUUUUAUCAAUCCACUCACCACAGCCAAAGCUACGGGAACCCAUGCAUUCAACUGUUUACCUGUCACUGCGGAUGUUCGCCCGAUCAUGGAAUGAAUCCACUCAGUCCUUGGACGCAGCAAGUCAUCAAGCGAGUAUCACAACUUUCAAUCAGUCUUUCACAGUGCAACAACUUUCUCUACCUCAUGCAGUGACCUCAAUUAUACCAUGUGCCAGAUCUUACAUGAUUAUCGAUCGGUCUCAGCCAUUUACUAUCUUUAUUACGGGUGAUUGAUGCAUGACGAGAAUUAACUAAUGUUCGCAUUGUCUACGUAUGAAGAACGACAGGACUCGCACAAAAUUUUAGUACAUAUUACUGUGUGGUUCUCCAUCACAUCACUU